AUGCUGGCGGCUUCUGUGCUGACCUCUUCUCCCAGCUCGACGCUCAACGUCGCGGGCCCUCCAAGUUCUCAACUUCGCAGACCCUCGAAAGAUGACCAAGAUGACUGCUUCGAUAUCGAUGAGGACGACUGCGAAGAAGAGGUCGUCUUCGCCAGAGGCGCAAAAGAAAAUCCGAUCUCAAUCUCCCCGUCGUCCUCAAAGUCGAGCCAAGAAGUGUCGCCAAGGGCAAAGCGGAGGCGGUCUGCUCAGCCUCGCUCACCAUCAAAGGCAUCGAAGCUGUCACUUGGCACUAGAGAGGAAGGAGAAGAGUCUGUCAAGACCAGACAGGCGCCAUCUUCGAAAGGCAAACAGCGGGCAACGGCGCGACCACUCUUGGAUGGCGAGAUCGAUCUGACAGAUGAAGAAGACGAGGGCGAGCCAACAAGGUUUAGACGGCACCUGAGCGCUUUCAGGAUGCAGGAAAUCGAUGACAGGCAUAGCCCAAAGAAGGUGGUUCGCGCGUUCGGUCUCGCUCGAGACGCUGGCGCAAGGACACCGUCGCCUGUCAAGGGCCACUGGACAAAGAAGGAGACGGCAUCACCGAGCAAGGACGCAGAACGGCCAUCCUCGUCUUCUGCAUCUUCAUCCUCCUCGAAGUCGUCCACUUCCUCAUCGUCGAUGCCACUCAGCAUGCUGGCGAGAUUGAAGCAGCCUUCUGCGCCAGUCCCAAUCGAGCUUCCCACGACCAUUGUGCCAUUACUUCGACGAAUGACCCGCUGCCCAUUGUGCGCGUUGGACUUUGAGCCAAAUGCCUCAAGUAUCGAUGGCCCGGAAGAGGAUUCAAAACAGCAUCAGAUGGAGAAAAGCAUCGCUUGCGACCAAGAUGGUGACGAGGUUGCCUUUCGACCUGCUAAGCUUCCUCAACGUCCGCUCUCCAAAGAAGCUCGACACGGACACAUUCAAUCGUGUGCUCGACAAAGGCAACAAGAGCAACAUCGAGCGAAUGUGCAAGCCUUGAGCUCGUGCAAGGGAGUCGACCGAGCAAAGGACGAAGAAGAAGCAGACCCGCAGAUCGUCAUGGACGUCGAAAGCGUCAUGCGAAUUUUGACGAGCGAGAAAGAUCGCUUAGAUCGCCUGGAACGUGUGAAGGAGGUGGAACGCCAGCAGAAGCGGAGCGUCUGGGACGAUGUGCUCGGAAGCCAGCAAAUGGCCAUCACUUCGGGUCGUGGAGCAAAGACGGGCAAGCAGCGGUCGAAAGUCGUCGCCUUUGAAAAAGACGGUCGCUGGAAAGGGGAGCGGCCGGAGGUGCGGAGGAGGCGUAGCCAGCACGACGGUCUUGGCGCCCGGGUCGACAAAGGUCGAGGUCUACCUCAAGUGCGUUCAGCUCUUUGGUGAAGAGGUCCAAGAGACGGAGAACGACAAUCUCUUUGACUGGACCUUUGCUGAGCAUCAUUCGACAUUCGGUGCGCAAGCGAUCUCGCCAGCAUCUGCGCCAGUCACACAGCACCGCAAGAACCUUAAAAGGGCGGUCAAAAGACAGCGCUACGGCCUGGGACUGGGUCAGUCCGACAGAGACGAGGACGAGCGCGAAGCAAGGCUGUCGAUGGGCCUCCGGCUGGCAGACGAUAUUGCAGCUCGCUUCAUCGCGGGCAAGGAGUGAACGUACUGUAUUUUAUCUCACCAUCAUGUUUGACCUCUCUUCAUAUCAUCAUUCUUCUCAUCAUUCAUGUUCAUUUCAAUGUCAAACACCAUCAC